UUUUUUUUUUUUUUGUUCUGGUUUUUAAAUAAAUCCUCCUUUUCUAUUUUAGUCAAUAUUAACAACUGUUCCUCAGUUUGUUUCUUUUUUUUAACAUGUAUAUAUUAUUCUGUAAUGACUCUGAUUUUUAUCUGUGAUAAGUCUCUUAUAAUUCUGAUAUAAGAAUGGCUGUAUACCAAUUUGUAAUCAUAUAUGUUUUAUUAUUGUAUUAGACUGAAAUAAAGAAACAAUAAUAGUUGAUUUUUCAGUUUUCAGAGAUGAGGGUCUUACAAAUAUCAGAUAAUUAGAUUUAUUCUGACAACCCUGAACUUCCCUGCUAUUCACGCCAGGUUUGGUAUCAAAGGUAAAUUCGCAUUUUACAGCGUUUUCCGGUUGAAUGUCUUUUUUACGGAGUUAUUUCUUUUAAAUCUAUGUUUUUAAUUAAUUUUGCCCGGAAUACUUUUUUCUGUAAUACAGACUGAGUUUGAAAGACAAUUCCAUUACAAUGAGGAAUACCAAGCGUAUAAGUUAAAGGAAGACUUAUCUAAAAUUAGGCACGAUAUUAUUUUUCAUCGGCCAAAUAUUUAGUAACUCAUCGGCUUAUUGUAUUUUUCUAUUAAAUCUCACUUACCGAUUUGGUAAUAAUACGUUAUAUUUAACACAAUUAUUUUAAAGCAUUAGUUAAAAGAAAUAUUUCGUUAAUUCUCAAGUUUUAGCUUUCACGUUUGGUAAUUUUUCAGAAACUUUCUACAGUUUUCUUUAUUUUAUUAUAGAUCAAAAUAACCAGUAAUUCAUAGUAAUUCAUAGUAAUUCGUGAGUCUAAUAUUUAUUAACCCUUAGCCUGUUAAAUGUCUAAAAUCGACUGGUCCAUCAUUCAAUUUGGGCAAUACCAAAUUACUCAAAGGGGUGUCCAUUGAAAAUUUACUGAUUGAAUAGCGAACAGUGCAGACCAUGACCAGCCUGCAAUAAAUAUGCUAUUGUUACAGCGGUUGUUUGUUGCAGACGUUGAUAAAUUACGGUAUUUCACAAGUUGUCGAUCCCGGCAUACUUUAGGAUCUUACCAUUGAUAAAUUUCAUAAACCGUUAUAAUUAUUUAUCACCCAUUUGUGGCGUUCUGUGACCAUCCGUGUGUCCGUUGUUUAUCCGGCAACCGGUUAUAGUUAUCGUGAUGUCCGUCUCUCUGACUGUCUGAUAUUCAAUAGUAAAUUUGCCUGACUGUCUGAUUUAGUAGAACCACGCAUGAAAAACUGCGAGUGCAACCAGCUCGUAACAAUAUUAACAUUUACUUACUGACAGACUGUUGUAGGAACGACAGAUGUAUUCAUCUAUAUCAACUUUAAAUAAUAAACGUGUCACGUACCAUUAGGGACAAAUUUCAACGGACUCUUCAAAUCAUUUUGUUUUACCUAACACAAACUUAUAAUAUUUUCAUUGGUUGAAAGGUAGUCACAUGGUCCCUCCUUUUAUUUCUGCGGAGGGACAGAAGAUUUUCACGCGAGUAUAGGCUGAAAGUAAGAGGUUGAUAAAACAAAUCAAUUUUGGGCUUGUUAAUGACCCUCAACAGAAAUAUGUGGGGUCAGUAUCAUAAAUAUGGAUACUCUUGUAACUCCUCGUUCUUCGUUUAUUUUACUGAAUUUGCAAAUUUCCGUUGAGUGUCACUGACAUCCCCAGUAUUUAAUAAUAUAUAUAGAAAUAAACUGCACAUACGCGCUCACUUUUAGAUAGUCACUUUUACAUCUACCUGACCGCUUUUAAAUUGUUGGCAUAAAAGUAACUUUUUCAAAACAUGCAUGCGCCAUUUAAUCUACAGUGGGAUUCUCGAUUGGUUCAAAAAAUGAAAAUGAAUUCAGAUAUAGAUAAUAUUUAAUUUUCCUUCUAUACUUUUUGGAGACAUUUAUAAAGAUUUAUAUGUCAAAAUGUCAUUUAUAUAAUGAAAAUGAAUGAUAUUAAAUGCCGUUAUAGAUUCGGUGUUAUAGUUGUGGAACAGCUGAAAAUAAAAGGUAAAGACAUGGCAAAUGAAAAGUUACAUAAACCUUUUCUCUCUUUUGAGGACUGUCGGGGUUAAACUGACCAUUUCAUCUAUUGCAAUUCAUUUCUUUCAUGAUAAACAUCAACAAGUCGAUAAGUUUAAAUAAAUAACAUUUUUCAGAACAAACUGAACUAGGACGAGAUAUUGACCUUUAACAGUGCAGUAUAAAUAUUUGUUAUAAGAAGUGCAAGUUUACAACUGUAAAAUCAAAAGUUUGCCGGAAAUACAAUAUUCGUCAUAGAAGUUUUCAUUUCUCAGGUAAAUAAAAUAGUCUUUACAUUCGUUCAAGCAAAGAAGUAUUUAAUAAAUUAAUACAGAAAAUCAUAGGCCGGACCAUUAAACGUUUGGUAUAAAUAGGCGAAGCAGUACCGGUGAUUUUUAUGUUAAAGGCUCAUAAUUCCUUUUGUGCCACAUUUAAUACUAAUUUAGCGUUCAAUUCUAUUUCCGAUAACUGUUUUCUCAUAUUGCUGAUCACCUACCAAACACAGCUGCGCAUUUUCUUCAGGUUUGAUAGCUGAGUACAUUGUUUGCAGCGAUGAGGGUCUUACAAAUAUCAUGUAAUUAAUUUUAUUCCCACACGAAUUGUAUUUUUGCAUUUUACAGCGUUUUCCGGUUGAGUAUCUCUUUUAUGGAAUAAUAACUCUUUGGAAAUUGCCAAGCCUAAUUGCGUAUAAGUUCAUGGAGGACAAAUCUAAAAAUUAGGCACGAUAACAACAUAUAAAAUUAUGUUUUUCAUCGGCCGCGCUUGUACCGAAAAACUGUUAAAAUGCACUUACGAUUUCUACUAAGUUUAAGCAAAUACAACGUAUUUUUACUGACGUAGAAAAAUAGUCUCUGAAAUAAACAUGUAAUUGUAAAUGCUAUUCUCUGAAAUGAGUUUAUAAUUGCCACACGCUUGUUAACAAACGUUAUGAAAAAUGUCCAUAAAUCGGAUGUACCACCUUGUGGUUCUUCUGCAGUUUAUGAAUUUUUAUUCCAUCGAUACAGCGGUGAGUAUUUAUUUUGUUUUUAUGUUAUUUUUAGUAUAUAUGGGUGCAUAUUCUAAAUAAUGUGCUGAACUUUUUAUUUACCAUACCGUAUUUAGUUGUUUUUUUUCAUGGGAUGGUUUCAAACUGUCCAAUAAUAACUGAUCAUCUAUUUUUGUACAAAAAGCUGACAUCAUUAUAGUUUUCAUUAAAAAUAUCAUGUGUAAAUAAAAUAAUAUGUAAUGCAUAUUUUCGCAAAGAUAAGGGAAUAAAAGAGGCGACAUACGUGUUGAUGCAUAAGCAUGUACUAAUUAUAAUAUAACAAGAGUGUAGCUUCUAGUAUUUAACAUAGGUGCCAGUUUUCUCAAGUAUAGCUGUACCAAUACAAGUGCGUGAAGAUGUGACAGCAGAGACGUUCCUAUAUUCAUUCAACGUCACUGAUCCAGACGGCGGUGCCGUGACGUCUUGUAGUCACACAGGAGAUUCAGGGGAGUUUGACAUUAGACAGAAUACGACAGAUGUUACAUUAUUUGAUCUGUAUGUACUAGCCGGAGCUAACAUCGACUACGACAAUACAUCUUCAUUCACACUCGUGGUGCUGUGUACUGACGGACAGUCGGAAAGUGCCUUCGAAAAUAUAUAUAUUGACGUUAUUCCUAACCAGCCACCAGAUGUAACAGCUGCGGCGUCACCUAUCUCAGUAAACGAGAACGUUGACAUACAAACGUUGUUGUACACGCUGACAGUAACUGACGUUGAAAAUGACCCAAUCGUUUGCGACGUUCAGUCUACAAGUCCGGCCUCAAGUAUAUUUGAUAUUUGGUGGGAUUCUACAAAUGCAGAAUACCAGCUGUACCUUUUGAGCAGUCCGGGUCUGAGUUACAGUACAACCCCGAUGUACACAGUUACCACAGAAUGUUGGGACAACUACGGUACAUCUACCUCGGAUGUGAUAGUGUUUAUACUGCCAAAUACCGCCCCAACAAUCACUAAUCUUCCAGCUGAUAUAUCUGUAGAUGCUAGCUCAACAAGCAUGGGCGCCACAGUGUUCACAGUGUCUGCAUCGGAUAAUGAUAGUUCAUCUCUGACCUAUACUAUGACGUCAUAUCCGGUAACACCAGACUUAUUCACCAUAGACGCAGUAAGUGGAGAGAUAAAGACUUCAAACGAUUUGACGUUCGCGGUGGACAGUGCUUACUUAUUGACCGUCACUGUUUCAGACACCAAAUCAACGACCACCGAAGACUUAAGGGUUCUAUUAUCUAAUAUCAACACAGCACCAGUUAUUAAUAACCUUCCUGCUGAGGUAUAUAUUGAUGAAGAUAUUGGUGGAAACUCUGUGAUCUACGACAUUGACCGGAAUGAUCCCGAUACCGGUGACAGUGUGACAUUGACCUUCACGGUGUGGCCUACUGCAUACGCCUCUAAGUUCAAGCUGAUUUCAGGCAAGCAACUUCGAAACCAAAAUAAUGAAAAGUUUGAUUACGAAGAUCAAAACUACUUCGAGAUACAUUUCACGGCAAGCGAUGGCAAAGCCACUAGUGGGCCGUAUACCCUCACAAUUCAUAUCAACGAUGUUCUUGAAGAGUGUGUUUUCGGUGCCUCAACGUAUUACAUCACUAUGUACGAAGGGAACGCUGGUACAAAUACCGCCGACCCAGGGUUCACUGUUACUGAUGAAGAUAUAGGUGAUACGUAUACACUCUCCAUAGAUUAUUCCGCUUCGUCACAUAGUACCUAUUUCUCUAUAGACGGAACGUCCGGAGUAAUUACAUUUGCAACUAAUUAUGAUGUCGACACGUCCUAUCCGACUAACGUUCUUCUUACAGCAGUAUGUACAGACUCGGCAGGGAAAACCGGAACGGCGACUGUAAAUGUGACAGUGCUGGAUGUGAACGACAAUGCUCCUGAGUUUGGUAAAUCCGGGUAUAUCUCAUAUAUUAACCAGUAUGAUGGUCCAGCAACAACUGUAAAACAAAUGAAUAUGUUCUGCUCUGACUCAGAUUCGGGCACAAAUGCAGACAUUGAAUAUAGCUGGAGUGAGGUUACCGCCGGCUCAAGCAGUUACUUUCACAUGAGCACAAGUGGUAAAAUUAUUCUGUUGACAUAUCCUGCAAUCUCUAUGACGUAUGGAGACAUCCAUAGCUUUACAAUCACUGGGACUGACAAGGGUACACCAUCGCUGUCAGGUACAACAACACUGGAUAUAGUGUAUAUGGAAACAAACAAUUCUGCAAGUUUAUCUAUUCCAACAACAACAACAACAACAGCGGCGUCUACCAGUACCGUUGAAACUACAACUACAUCGGCUUCGUUCUGGGAUGAACCUGUAAACAUCAUAGGCGUGGUUCUAGCCGCUGUCAUUGGUGCUCUUGUGGCGGGUCUGAUAGGCUAUUUGUGCUUGAAGAGAUGCAAAAGGCUGAAACACAGGAGAACCCCACGAUCACCUGAUAGAGGAAAACGAAAAAUCGAACCGAAACCAGAUCAAGAAAGCACGCCAUUCGACUUUUGGGGCCAAAACAGUCACGAUAUAGGAGGCGUUUCUUACAUGCACAAUGCAGUUCCUGUACCAUCUUCAUAAGACAUUCUCGUGCGAGAGCACGUGCUUUUUAUAACGAAUUUGCAUGAAAUUAUAAUCAAAUUGUGAAACGGAAAC